AAAAAAAUCACACCAUCAGCCCCUCUCGUUCUGUAUAUGGACCACCCUCCAGUGUCCUCUUCCAGUUGACAGUUUCUGCUGGUGCCAUAGCAUAGUGUGCAGGCCGUUAAUCUCAAUGAGAACAAAGUCAGAGUGAGACUGGGAGUGAGGAGAUGGGAAUGGAGAACCAGCAGAGGAGGCACGCGUGAGACACCGAGCUGGGUUCUACCUGCAGCUCUUGGACCACUGAUUGAUCUCACUGACACAGAUCUGUACGUUUUUUUGAUAACGCAUAGAGGAAACACCAUGGGACCUGGAAUGUGGACCGUAUUUAUUCUGCUUGGUCUGUCCCUCUGGAGCAACAGUCAAGCCUUUACCAAGAACCCCAUCCUCUCCCGGAUAAGAAGGGCCCCAGAGGCCAAUGGAGAAAACAAAAAAUGCUCUUACACCUUCCUGGUCCCUGAGCAGAAGAUCACAGGCCCCAUCUGUGCCACCCGUGGUUAUUCAACCGACAAGGAUCGAGUGACACGCCUGGAUGUGGCCUCGGUGCGCGACCUGCUGUCUAAGCAGCGUCGGGAGAUGGAAACUUUGAAGCUGGUGGUGGACGUCGAUGGCAACUUGGUGAAUGAGAUGAAGCUGUUGAGGAAAGAGAGCAGAAACAUGAACUCCCGAGUGACCCAGCUCUACAUGCAGCUGCUUCAUGAGAUCAUCCGGAAGAGGGACAACUCGCUGGAGCUGGCUCAGCUGGAGACACGCAUCCUCAACGCCACCACCGAGUCGCUGCGCCUGGCAUCCCGUUACAGGGAACUGGAGGCCAAAUAUGCAGCGCUGUCAGCAAUAGUGAAUAACCAGUCAGUGGUUAUAGGAGCACUGGAAGAGCGCUGUAUGCAGGUGUAUAGUCGUAGGCAUGAGCAUCCACCUCUUGGACCUCCACUGGUGCAGGUGGUGCCUGAGAACAUUCCAGUCAAUGUGCCACGUUUCACCAACGAAAUCCAGAGGUUUGCACGGGAACGAGGCUCUCGUUCCGGUCCGUCACCCACAAGCGGUACCCUGGAAGCCCAGAAACCUCCACAGAGAAACUUCAGCGCAGAAGGCCCAUUCAGAGACUGUCUUGCAGCACAGGAGGCUGGCUACAGCACUAGUGGCAUGUACCUAAUCAGACCAGAUGAAGCUGAGAGGCCAGUGCAGGCCUGGUGUGAACAGGACAUAGACAACGGCGGCUGGACUGUCAUCCAGAGCAGAAGGGAUGGUUCAGUUAACUUCUUCAGGAACUGGGAAAACUACAAGAGCGGCUUUGGCAACAUAGACGGAGAGUACUGGCUCGGCCUAGAAGGCAUCUACGGCCUCGGAAGGCAGGGGGACUACAAGCUGCUAGUGGAGCUGGAGGACUGGAUGGGCAAGAAGGUUUACGCUCAGUACAGCAGCUUCCACUUGGAGCCAGAGAGCGAAGGCUACCGCCUGAGGCUGGGCACCUACCAGGGCAAUGCUGGGGAUUCUCUGAGCAGCCACAACGGCAAACAGUUCACUACUCUGGAUCGAGACAAAGAUGCUUUCUCAGGUAAUUGUGCCCAUUUCCAUAAAGGAGGUUGGUGGUACAACGGAUGUGGCCAAACCAAUCUCAACGGUGUCUGGUACAACGGAGGUGUCUACCGUAGCAAAUACCAAGAUGGUAUCUUCUGGGCCGACUAUGGCGGAGGUUUCUACUCAAUGAAGUCUGUCCGCAUGAUGAUCAGGCCCAUAGAUUGAGAAGAAUGCAUAAGCCAGGCUGGUCAAGGGGCAGCUAUGUAGGCCAGGGCAAACUUGACUCCAUCUACAUUGAGCCCAGCUUGAAGAUGGAGUUUACCAAUCGUCAGACAGUGACCUGAACUCUCUGCUAUAAAAGACACAGAUUCUGCUUGUUCUCCUUUUGAUAUCAUAGUUGACUCAAACAUAGACGGAUUUACCAUAUUCCUAUAUGACUGCUCAUAGGAAGCCAUACUGCUCCUUUAACCACCUAAUGUGUAUGACCGAGAAGGUGAAUUAAGAGUGUAUGCCUACGUUUUUCACUAAAUUAAUGGUAGCUGUCUCUCUGAUUAAGAAACCACAAUGUUGUCUUAUUAGUAUAUAACUUCAUGGGGCAGAGAAGCCACAUCAUAAAGGAACUUCAGCGGCUGUGAUUUCAUUCCCACGGUUAGCAUCGCAGGCUCUUAAUGCAGCUCGUCCUACCUCGCCAACAUAAACGUCUGGAGGAAACACACGUAUACGGCAUUUAACUUCCUAUAGUUGCUGGUAGCUGGAAAAGAUAUUUUGUUACUACGUUAUAGAUUUAUCUGGGCUCUGUAUUCACUUCCAGAUGUGAAAGAGCAACACAUUAAUGAGUUGGAGUUUAUACAUUUGAUUACAUGGAAAGAGUGGCGAUUUUAUUUUUAAUCCCUACACUUAAAAUGACCUGUAUACUGCAUGUUAAAGUACUUUGAGUGCAGAAGACCAGAAAGGAUAAUUUAUGUGUAUAAUUAAGUUAUCAUUACAGUGAAAGGGGCCAGGUGUCCUGAGGGAAAUAGUAAAUGAUCCUGAAGAAAAUAGGACUAAUUUCCUGCACUGUACGUGACAAUCAUUCUCCAAGUGUGCUUACACGUAUGGAAAUUUGUUUUAUAUGUUUUUCUCAUUUGGCUGUUGAUUAAACUUGAGUAUGACUCUGUGAAAUACAAUCAUUGUUGGGAGGGGGAAUAAAAAAGAUGGAUUUCCGUUUUGUUUUGAGUGGUUUUCGAGCAUGAAGAAUAUGCCAGCCGAGCGUGUUGAAAGUUAUAGGCAUGGGGACAGACAACGAGAAACACAUUUCUGAAAGCCAGACGGAGAUGGAGAGAGAAAUAGAGGGAAGGAAGGGGAGGAGGAGAUGAACUGGGAUGGAAUGGGUCCAAAUUUCCAAGUUAUUUUUUCCAGCCACCCAACCAGCCCCCUACCCGCACGACCAUUUUUUUUUUCAAACACAGAGAAAUGUACAUUCUUUCCACACAAAAGUGCUUGAACUGUAUGUUUUUGUAAUUUAAAAAAAUCUCUCCUCAACAAAGACACCAGUCCCUGCACCCUGUAAUCACUGGUAAAGAUGGAGAGCAGCAUCCUUUUAAGGAAAACCAUCCCUGAGGAGGGGGUUGCAGGGAUGUAAAAUGAUGGGGAUGCAUUUGAAGAAAUAGCCAGUUGUUGUAUCCACAACAACACAUUAAAGCCAAGCAGCCUGUAGUCUCGGAUCUGAAAAUAGGUUCACAUGUUGUGCUCACCCACCACAAUGGCCUUCACACCCAUGUCUUUAAAAACUUUUAUAAAGCAUGAAAUAUGAACCAGGAACACGGGUCAAACCCAGCUGGACAUGGAAACAUGUUUAUGGACAUGUAAAAAAGCAGCCGCUAAUAAAAAAAAAAUGGCAUUACAAUCUUAAAAUUAAA